AUUGCGCCUUCACGGGAGAACGUCGGACAGUCCAAAACCUAAAAAGCGUCUUUGCAAGUCUGGAAUUAUUGAAUCGGAGGACAUCAUACAAUCCAAGAAUGUCACAUGAAGGUGUCAGCUGUGUAAACCAGUUUGGUGGUGUUUUUGUCAAUGGACGGCCUCUUCCAACAUGCAAAAGAUGGAAAAUCAUUGAGCUGGCGGCAAGAGGAAUGAGAGCCUGUGAAAUUUCUAGAAUAUUGCAGGUUUCAAAUGGCUGUGUCAGUAAAAUUCUAUGCAGGUAUCAACAAACUGGUCUUAUAUGCCCAAAAGCUAUCGGGGGAAGUAAACCACGUCUCAUCACACCAGAAGUGAGUGCCAGAAUUGCCCAGUACAAACAGGAGAAGCCAUCUAUAUUUGCUUGGGAAAUUCAGGGCAAGCUCCUGGCGGAUAGAGUCUGUGCUCAUGAUAAAAUUCCAAGUGUUUCAUCUGUUAAUCGAGUUCUAAGGAAUAUUGAGCUGGAACAGGGAAUUGGAAUCCUAGGAAGUUCUCCGGCACCCUUCUGGAGUUAUGGUCAGAAAAUUCCAGAUGUUAAAAAGAACUGCGGUCCAGCGAAGAUUACAAGCAACCAGAGUCGAAACAGGACAGUGUUCAGUCAAGAACAAGCUGAAACUUUAGAACAAGAAUUCCAAAAGGCUCACUAUCCCGACAUUGUGACGCGAGAGCACCUGGCUACAAAGAUCAGUCUACCGGAGGCCACAAUACGGGUCUGGUUUUCAAACAGAAGAGCAAAAUGGAGACGUGAGGAAAGGCUAAAGAUAGAAACCUAUUACAGAAGCGAAGAGUUACUCAAAAAGACAGCCAGAAGAGAACUGGGCAACUUGCUGGCUGAAGCACCCGAAGUAGGCUUGGAGAUGAGCGAGGUGUUCGGUCCUAGAAGAGUUUGUAAUCAAGAUGUCAUCCAGGGAGACAAAAAGGAAAUCUACAUCAGUAAUACACAUGAAUUCAUGAAUCUUCAGCAGCCUGCUUCCUUUUUUGGACAGGAGUGUCCCACCUCCUACUACUUGUUGGCCUUCAGCAAUCAUGCUGUCCUACUGAGGAUUCUUCAAGGUCUCAUAUUCUCAGAUGUGGCCUCCAACCCGUCUUCACAUGGAGCAGAUAAUUCAGCCAUGAUGAUUGUCCUAGUAACGGUAGACCAGAGCAUGAUGUCUGACCGUAACAAUGUUGGUGUAAUCUCUUGUGGGAUCUUCAGCUGA